CCGCCCCCCUUUCUUUUCUCUCUCCUCUACCCCCACCCCACUCCGCCCCCAUUCGGCGCAGGCGCCCCUCUCUCAACCAUGCACCUGCUCCCCUACCGUUUAACCCGUGCAUUUGCAACGCCGAGGCAGCGCGUCGGCUUUUGGCGUCGCUCAUUUGGCGGGCCUCCCGUCCGUGCGUCCCGUUAUCCCGGGGAAGCAGCAGCAGCAGGAGGAGGAGGAAGGAGAGAGGGGAAUCUCCGCCGCCGGGCAGGAUGUCCUGCUGCUGCUGCUGAGCAGGGCGAGGAGGGGAAUCGUGCAAGAUGUCGCUGCUGCUGCGCCUUGGCUGGAGGUGAGCGCGCCGCGGAGGAGCGAGUCCUCUGUGCGCCCCGGCGAUGUUCCCCGCCGCCCGCGAGGCCGCGCCGCCGGCCGGACCCCCCCAGAGCCCGGAGACGCCUCCGACGACGCCGGGGGUCUGCUGCCCUGCCUUGGCCGAGCUGAGCGACGCCGAGCUGGGCGUGUGCAGCAAGGAGGAGCUGGUGCGCCGCUUGCGCCACGAGGAGGCCGAGAAGCUGGCGGCGCUGGUGCAGCGCGGCCGGCUCAUCCAGGGCGUCAACCGGCAGCUGCAGGAGCACCUCCGCGAGAUCCGCGAGCUGAAGGCCGUGAACGGGCGCCUGCAGACCGAGAACCGCGAGCUGCGCGACCUGUGCUGCUUCCUCGACGAGGACCGCCUGAAGGCCAAGCGCCUGGCGCGCCACUGGCAGCUCUUCGGGCACCACGCGGCGCAGGUGCUGCGCGACGAGGUGGCCGCCUGCCUGCGCAAGCUGGCCGGCCUCGAGGGCCUCCAGGAGCGCCUGGCCAAGGACAACCUGGAGCUCAAGGAGCUCUGCCUGGCCCUGGAGGAGGAGUGCGCCUCCGCCCGGCCCGACGCCAGCCCCAGCCCCGGCGGAGGCUCCUCCGAGCUCAACCUGCCCUGCGGGCCCCGCGACUUGGGCGAUGGCAGCUCCAGCACCGGCAGCGUCGGCAGCCCCGACCAGCUGCACCCCGCCUGCACCCCCGACGACUGAACCCCUCGCGCCGCCCGGCCCGUCGACUCGGGUCAGCCAGGACAGGGCGCCCGGCCUUCCUCGCCUUCUCUUCCCAUCCCCAGCCCCUGUCGCUGAAGAUUUCACGCCUCGGGGAGACGAGAACCCGCCCGUCCCCCCACAUCCCAAAGCAGGGCAACGGUGGAUGCAUUUAAUUUAUUGCUACCGGUUUUUUUCCGUUUUCUUAAAAAGUGGUUCCUGUGUGGUCCACGCUGCAUCGGUGAACGCAGCAAGCUUCGACAUCACACAGAGCUCUUGUUUUUUCAAAAAAAUAUAUAAAGCCAUAACUCUGGCCAGUGUACAGAGAGCUUUUGGAUUGAUUACAAGGAGGUGUUUCGUUUUUUUAAAUAAAGCCAUAAAAUAUCGUUGGAGGGCCCCUCCCACCCCCAUCUUGCCACCCCUGUGGCUGACAUCCUAACACUCCCCUGGAGAAACAGGGACUUCUAAAUCGUCCCAAUGGAAAUGGGGCCAUUGUUCCAAUCUAGCAAGGUCGGGUACAGCAAGGGUCUCUCUGCUGCCACAUUCCCGCUUUACCGGAGUGAGACCUUUAUAUGUCAUGAACCAUUUUGGUAGCGAGGGGGGGGGGAGAGGUAGCACGCUUUUGGAGGGGCGUCUGCAAUUCCAUGGCUGCACUUGGCAGUAUUUAGAAAUGGUGCGCUGAUUCUGGCAGUGGGCAUCCCCUCUUGAAAGGAGAUGGGGGGUGAUGAGCCUUUUUCUCCCUGCCCUGGAAAAAUCCUCCAUUGUGUGCUUCUCCUCCUUGUGCAGCAAUAAAACUGCUAGGACCUUUGCAAAGCUAAGCAGGUUUCAAAUUGGAUUUCCUGCAUUGCAGGGGGUUGGGCUAGAUGACCCUGGGGGGUCCCUUGCAACUCUCACGAUUCUGUGUGUACACGGGGUUGGAGGGGGAUAGGGGAAAGCAGCAGUGAUGAUAAUUUGGUCCUGGCUGCUUCGAAGGGAGGGGGUGUUUGGAGACAAAGCAGUGGUGCUUUUGUGGCGCCUGAAUUUGGCUGGAGUGCCUAAGAAGGCAGGUUUCUUGUGCAAGAGGGGAUGAGAGAGUCAGGCCACACUGCAGGAUUUUUCAGGAACCCCCCCCCCCACUUUGCAUGCUUCUGUCCCCGCUCCUCUCAUUUAUUGAAAUUGGAAAGGAACCCAGAGGCUCAGUUGACUGGAACUGCCUGGAGGGAACACCAACAUCCCUUGAAAGCAACACCCCCCUCAAAAACUAUUUGGGAACCUCUUUUUGGAGCAGGAUCCAAGAGGCUGCAACUCUCUCUCCUUGGAGGGUAGGACCUCAACAGGAACCAUUAUCCUGUUUUUGAAAAUGUGCCGUUCUCCUGCUCCUUAGGGAAUAAACAGGGAUCGGGGGGGGGGGGAGUUGGCUGCUGGGUCCCCGAGCCAAGGACUCCCCGCAACUUGAAAGUGAACUUCUGAAUAGCAAUAGCUUCCAUGAUUCAGUUUUGACUGAGGACAUGGUUAAACGUGGUGGUCCUUGGAACUCUCCUCCACUUGAAACACUAGGCCCUUUGUGGCGGGAUAUAUGCUGGAAGGGUGGAGGAUAUUUCAACCUUUCCGUGAGGGGCUGCUGCGAUGGUCCCCCGUGGAGAGAGGAUGAGAAAUUGUUGGGAUGCUGCUCUUUGUUGGAGAAAUGGUGGUGAAAGCAGCAAGCUUCCACCAUGCACAGAACUCUGUGUGACGCGAGAGACCUGGAAGAAACGUCUGCCUCUGUUAAUAGUGUUUCUUUUUGUCAACAUCCUGGGACUACAGGACACAGAGGCUGGGGAAAAGGCAUCCAUGCCCCAGCCAGGUCUCCUUGCUCCAUCUCCUUUCCUGGGUGUAGCAAAUGGCGCGGAGGAUAUCCAUUUUAUGAUGUUUAUGUUUGUCACCCUCAGAAUGGAAAGGAUACACACACACGCGCUCCCGCCCUGAAAAGAAACCCAGGACUUAAGCAAUCUUCUCUUUCUUUCAGGGUGUUAAUAAAUGUAUUAAAUUGUCA